AGCUCCAGCGUUAUCAGAAACCGCCAGAGGCGAGAACACAAAACUCGGAGAUUCCUGUGAACUUUAAUCUCUUCCUCUGUUUCCCAUUUCAGACGGCGACCUUGAUCUCGAAUACAUCUCUCUGAGCGGCACACGACUGUUUUGUAAUUGAAUAUCAUUGGAGAAUACCAUCUUGUAUAUUGGAGAAUAUCAAUAGUGUCACUGUAUCCGUCUCUGAACCUUUGAAUUGGAUGAGAAACAAUCAAGCUUUGCCAUGAAGCUGCAUAUUUCUGAAACAAUCAAGCUUUACCUGUCCUUAUCAUAUCUUUUUGGAGAAAAAAAGAAUUAGCAUUUUCGGAGAUUGUUCAGUCAUGACUUUUGCAACUACAGUUUUGAGAUAUUGAUUCUCUUUGCCAUGAAGCUGCAUAUUUGUGAAAUCAGAUUGUUUUUCUGAAAUACAUUGUCAGGUCUGCUCGUCUGAUGGCUCUUUCUGCUUUGUCUCGCCAUUAUAAGUACCAUGUCUUUCCUAGCUUCCACGGGCCAGAUGUCCGUAGAGGCUUUCUCAGCUGCUUACUGAAGGAGUUCAAAGAGAAAGCAAUCGACGUCUUCAUAGACAAUGACAUAGAGAGGAGCAAAUUGAUUGGUCCCGAGCUCACAGAAGCUAUAAGAGGAUCGUUAAUUGCAAUUGUCUUGAUCUCGAGGAACUACGCUUCAUCAACAUGGUGUCUGAACGAGUUGGUGGAGAUCAUGAAGUGUUGGGAUAAAGAUAAGCAGACGGUAGAGGUGAUUUUCUAUGAAGUGGAUCCAUCUGACGUGAAAAAGCAGAAGGGAGACUUCGAAGCUGUCUUUGAUAAAACUUGUGCUGAGAAAUCAACGGAUGACGUUGAGAGAUGGAGAAAAGCUUUGCAUAUUGUGGCUCAAAUCGCUGGUUACCAUACAAGUAACUUUGAUGACGAUGCAGCCAUGAUUGAAAAAAUUGUUACCGGUGUUUCAAACAAGUUCACUUGUUCUACAACAUCAAAUGAUUCCAACAGCUUGGUUGGGAUUGAUACUCAUAUCAGGGAGAUAGAGCCAUUGUUGUCCUUAGGAUCCGAUGAAGUCCGGAUGGUUGGUAUUUGGGGUCCUGCUGGAAUUGGUAAGACGACCAUCGCAAGAGCUUUAUAUAAAGAGCUAGUAAGUUUACACAUGCUGCUUUUAUUGAGAGUAUAGAAGGGAAGUUUGAGCAAAACUAUCGAGACGCGCACGCCUUCAAGUUGCAUUUACAAAAACAACUUUUGUCUAAGACCUUAAAUCAGAAAGAUCUAAACGUAGAUCAUCUGGGUGUGGCAAAAUCAAGGCUGGAGAACAAGAAAGUGCUUGUCGUUCUUGAUGACGUGGAUCAGUUAAAGCAGCUAGAAGCCAUGACUGGCCAAACUUGUUGGUUUGGGCCUCAAAGUAGGAUUAUCAUCACGACAAAGGAUAAAAAGCUUUUGGUAGCACAUGAGAUCAACCAUUUUUACCGUGUGGAUGUUCCAUCUACAUCUGAAGCUCUUGAAAUUCUCUGCCUGUCUGCUUUUCGUCACAAGUCACCGUCACUUGGGUUUGAGAACAUGGCCAUAGAAGUUACACGGCUAGCCGGUAACCUUCCUUUGGGUCUACGUGUUUUUGGCGCAUAUCUUCGAGGAAUGUCCAGAGAUCAGUGGAUACAUGCAUUGCCUAGACUUAGGACGAGUCUUGAUGGGGAGAUUGGGAAAGUAUUAAGGUUCAGCUAUGAUGCUUUAUGCGAGGAAGAUCAAGAACUGUUUCUUCAUAUAGCAUGUUUUUUCAAAGGUGGGUGCAUUAGUGACGUAGUGGAGUGUCUUGCGGAGAGUCGUUUGAACGUCAACCACGGGCUCCAAGUGUUGUUUGAUAAAUGUUUCAUAUCUGAAGCCGAAUGGGGAUGGUUGGUGGUGCAUAAUUUGCUGGAGCAAAUGGCCAAAGAAAUUGUUCGUAAACAGUCUGUUUCUGAUCCUGGGAAACGUCAGUUCUUGGUGGAUGCUCAGGACAUUUGUGAUGUGCUUGAGGGAAAAGCUGGCACUGAAACUAUUCGAGGAAUAGAUUUUGACUUAUCGAAGGUCAGUGAAGACUUAAUUAUUGACGAGCGAGCCUUUGAAGGGAUGUCUAGGCUCCAAUUCUUAAGAUUCCAGAAAUGGGGUUUGUAUAACAACACCAAACUUCUCGUACUCCAGGGUCUGAAGGUUAGAGCUAGUAAACUUAGAUUUCUUGAAUGGGAUCAGUUUCCGUUGACAUGUUUUCCUCGUGAGUUUCAACCGCGGCGUCUUGUCAAACUUAAGAUGAUACACAGCAAGCUUGAGAAGCUGUGGGAAGGACCUAUUCCGCUCCCGUGUCUGAAAUUGAUGGUGCUGGCUUAUUCCAACUACCUCAAAGAACUUCCGGAUCUGUCUAAUGUUACUAAUCUAAAGGUACUGAAUGCUUGUUGUUGCUCAAGUCUGUCGGAGAUCUCCUCCAUUGGGAAGUCCACUAGUCUCCAGGAAUUGCAUCUCGCUGGUUGCUCCAAGUUGAUAGUGAUCCCCUCUUCCAUUGGGAAUGCCAUUAAUCUCAAGACGUUGAAUGUCCAGCAAUGCGAUGGCCUGGUUGAACUCCCAUCCUCUAUUUGGAGCCUCAGUAAGUUAAAGAAACUGUUAACUGCAGGAUGCCCAAAGCUAAACCAUUUGGGGUCACAGUUGAGAAGCUUUCCUGAUAUUUCCUGAAACAUUACAGAAUUUGAUAUUAGUGAUACAGCGAUAGAAGAGUUUCCUUCAUCAAUCAUGGCUUUUUCGUGUCUUCGUAAACUCUCAGCAAUGCGUGCCGAAAGCCUCAGGGUGUUUCCAGAUGUUCCUGACACCAUCGAAGUGUUACUAUUGCUCAAUACGGGAAUAGAAGAAAUUCCUCCAUCGAUUCAUAAUCUCACACGUCUCACUCAACUAAGCAUGCCUCGCUGCAAGAAGCUAAAGGUCCUUCCAACCAACGUCAACCUGCAAUUUCUCUCUUCACUUGAUCUCAGUUUCUGCACACAAUUGAGAACGUUUCCAGAGAUAUCUACAAGCAUUAGAUAUCUUAAUCUGAGCAAUACUGGUAUAGAAGAAGUCCCUUCAUCCAUAUGGUCUUGGUCCAGUCUUCUUGAAUUGAACUUGGAAGACUGCAACAGCCUUCUGGUGUUCCAUUGUUUUUCUGACAACAUCGAAGAGUUGGACUUGGACUUCGACUUGGUCUUGGACUUGAGCAAUAUGGGAAGAUAUUUCUCACGUGGUAAUUUAUCUAUAAACCUCAAAGGGUGCAAGAAUCUUGUGUCAUUGCCCCACAUUCCCUCUUUCGUAUCACUCCUUUAUGCAUCUAACUGUGAUUCGCUGGAGAGAAUAGAUGGCUUCCUUACCAAUCCAGAAAGAUGUCUCAUCUUUGCGAACUGUUUCAAGCUGAGCGAAGCAGCGAGAGAACUCAUCAAGAUAUUGGAUUGCAAGCUCGCGCUCUUACCUGGUGGAGAACUGCCGGCAGACUUUGAUCACCGAGCAAGAGAGGGUUUACUAACUGUCAAUUUGUAUCAGAGCCCUCUUCCUUUAUUUUUCAGAUUUAAAGUUUGCCUUUUACUGCUUCAUGGCCACUAUCUAGAGGAGAAGGGUGCUAGUGAGGAUGAUAAGGAAGAUAAAUGGAAGAGGCUUUCCUGUGACAUCUGGUGCGUUCAGAAUGGCGUCGAUGUUGGACAUGGAUCAUGCAAGUACCCUAUACCAGCAAUACUUGGAUCUACGGAGCAUCUGUGUUUCAUCGAAUAUUCCAUCUCACUAAACCUUCCUGAAACAGAUGUGAAUUGUACCGAGCUUCAUUUCAAGUUCAAGAUCACUGGUAAAUACUGGGAUGUAAAAGAGUUUGCUAUACAACUCUUGGAAGACCCUGAUGUUCAUGAUGACCUUGUAUGCUGUGAUGAUAUUUACAACGAAUCUGAGUACAAAGAAACUGCAUACAUCAAGAUAGAGAAAAUUUAUAUGCACGAACAAUGUGAAGAAGAAACAAUUUAAGAGUUCAGGUUUCCGUACGUCAUGGAUGAAGUGUAGAGAGGGCAGGCCAGAGUUGGGUGCAUGUGGCCUUGUAGCUUACCUUUGCGUGUAGGUUGUACAUCCAAAAACUGCCAUCUUUGAAAUAUUAGUCUUAAAACGUUACUGUUUAAGAUUACAAGCUUGAUGGGUACCCACCAAGAUCAAGUUGUCUCUGAAAGCUGUUGUUAAGGAAGCUUGUGGGUUUAUGAUAGAGCUAAUGCCGCUGGUGAGCAGAGCUGCAAAAGAAGAACAUUCCAGGUUCAUGUUCUGUUUCGAGUGUUGUCUUGGUUAGCCUCUCAGCUUGGCAGAUCGUAUGGAGAAGGGAAGUUUUUUUGCUCUCGACAUGUUGAAACAAUGCAUUGAAGUAUGUGCCUCUCAAGUUAUGUUGUUUCGGUCACCUGAAUCCUCUGUGGUGUUCUCAAGGAUUUGGAUGAACCAAACUUCAGUAAUGAAGACGUGAAGAUUAAAGAAUUCUUCUUGGAAACAAUCAGGUGAUAAGGUUGGGAAAGCUUUGGACAUUUCUCAGGUGAUAUCUCUGUCUCGUGUGGCAGCAGCUGAUGCAGGGUUGUAUGAAAGAUCCAUCCUUGAAGGGAAAAUAAGAGCAAUUCGAUAUGCCCCACCUGCCAGGUGUUGAGUGAUAUGAUCGAAGAAUUUACGUAAGAAAUUAAGCUAGCAGGAGGCAUUGGAUGUUUUGAGAAGGGAAUGCCAUUACACUCCUCCUCUUCUACAGGCAAGGAUCAGAAAGGAAGCGACUCUGGAUACAAUUCUGUAUCAGCGACAUUAACAGACACAUCACCAAGAUCCUAUAAGCCAUGGAAAGGAGAGAGUCGUGCAGAUAGCGAGUAUCCAUUGGAGAUUAGAACCAAUAGAGAUAAAGGAAAGCGGUACGAGGUAUAUGAGUCAGGCACUAGCUCAGAGAUCAUACAAGCGCAGUGAUAGAAGAGAUGAUAAAUUCACAAGGACCAAACGACGUAGCCACGAAAGAGAAGCUUACCAUCAAAACCACAGCUCGUCGCGUGAAAAGAAUUCUUCAGAUUACAAGAACAAAAGGGAUGACCGUUAUGACAGCCGCCACAGUCGAGAACCUAGGAAACAGAACUCGUUUGAAGAAAGAUACAAUCCAUUAGAAAGAGAUUGAAGUUAAAAGAAGGUUGGUCUUUCUGACUUUGAGACAAUCUUGCAGUAAAAGUUUUACACGGAGCAUCGGCAGUAUCCUCUUUUGUAUCCUUUACCAUGUUUUUUUUUACAUUAAAAACAAUACUUUCUUUGUAUUCAGUUCUUGACGUUUUAUGGAAAUACAUGAGCAUUAGGUCA